UAAAGUAAAUAUCUCAACUUAUAUCUUGAACAGUGAUCCAAAAUGGUUUAAACUUUCUUCUGGUGAAGCUCGGGAAGAUAAUUGGGUGAAUAAUUUCAACAAGCUCAGAAGAUUAGUCUUACUCCUUACACGUUAUUAUGAAGAAAUUCUUGGACUUCCUUCUCAAAAACUUGAAUCUCCAGAUACUAGGGCUAUUGCAAAAGAUGGAAAUUUAGACGAGACAAUGAAGCUGUAUUCAUUAAUUGUGACUUUGGCCGUGAAUCAUUCUAAUAAGGCAGUAUAUAUUGAAAAAAUUACACAUUUAAAUGCAAAAUCACAAGAGGGGUUGAUGUAUUCCAUUGAAAGGGUGAUGAAACGAUUGGGGGAAUCUACUGUCGAAGCAGCACCAAAAAUGAACACAGAUAACUUAGGAAAAAUUGUUGCUCAAAAAGAAGCUCUAGAAAAAGCACAUCAAGCUUUAAUGGAAGAACACACUGCAUUGCGUGAUCAAUGUGAUGAUUUGCAAGCAGAACUGGAAGAAACCAAAAACAAGAAGAGAUAUGAAAAGCAAGUUGCAGAAAACCUGAGGAAACUCUCUGAAAAGGAGGCUGAGAUAAAUGAUCUUUCUCGCAAGAACGAAGUGCUCUCCGAACAAGCAAACGAAGCUGCGAGAUUAAAAGACCAAGUUGAUGAAUACAGACAUGCUGCUGACGAACUCAGGAGAAAAGAAAAUGUCAUUGAAAAAUAUAAAAAGAAAUUGGAAGAAGCUGUGGAUUUACGGCGAAAUUUGAAGACUCUAGAACAAGAAAAUCGCACCCUUGUCGACCGUAAUCAAGCAAUUUUAGAGGAGUAUGAUAAAGUGGCUGUUUUCAAAGGAUUAAUGGAAAAUUAUAAAAAACAACUUGAUGAACUUCAGUCUGAAAAAAUAGAAUUGGUUAAUCAAAAGAAUAAAUUGGAGUACGAAUAUAGGCACAUGAAGGCAAAAUUUGAAGCAUACGAGAUGGCUCAAUCACGUGAUCAGGAGACCAUACAUUUGUUAGAAGAUAGAUUACGAGAAUUAGAGUUAGGUGAAGGCGAGCCUUUAAAAUUAGAUGAUAAAAUUGAAGUUGAAGUAGAUGAAAUUGACCAAUCUAUUAACAAUAGUGAACUUUCGGAUGCCCUAAAAGGCGACACAAUGACAAGUUUGAGAUUGAAGAUUAACGAACUUCAACGCGAAUUAUCUAGGUUACGUGAGGGUAAACCCUCGGAUGAUGAUGCAAAUACUCAACUUUUAGUAUUAAAGCAUCAAGUUGAUGAUGCAAAUCGUGUUAAAGCUAAAUUUGAAACGGACUAUGUUAAAGUUCAAAAAGAAAAACUUAUACUGGAAUCUGAACUUGAACGAUUACAAGAAGAAAUGUCCAGUUCAUCUAACGGUGUAAAUAAAAAUGAACACAGGAAAGGUUUCGAGAGAGAUCAAAAGGAGCUACUGGAUACUAAGAAGCAACUUCGAGAAAUACAGAUGAAAUUAGAGCGAGCUGAGAGGGACAUGGGUGAUGUCAGACCUGAUUCUAACACCGAAGCUAGAAUUAAAGCGUUAGAGGAUGAAAAGGAGAGCUUGAAGAUUCAUAAUGCAGAAUUGACUUCUCUGCUUCAAACCUUUGAAGAAAAAAGUGAAGAUGAUCUUAAGAAACAAAAUGUACAAUUGCACAGAAAGGUUGAGCAACUCAAGACCUUGGUUACUGGUCAACACGAAAUUGUUGAGAACUACAAAAAUGCAAUUACUUCAUUCGAAGCAGAAAGAGAAGCUCAUACUGCUGAAGUUAAGCGCUUAGAGCAACUUCACAAAGAGUCUAAAGAACAAGCACAAAAAGAAAUUAAUUUGGUCACAAGUGCUUGGUUCAAUAUGGGUAGACGUAUUCAAGGUGAUCAUGUUUUCUUGCAAAGGCAAGGACCUGCAUCUUUUCUUAAUCAACAACGUUUAAUUCUUGAUACUCAGCCGGAACGAACAUUAAAAUUAUGUGAACUUGGAUCCAGAUUUUUGGCUUAG